AUGGCCAAUGCUCAUUCUCCUGGUGGUGGAUAUCGAAAGGGAGAUGGUGCACAGGAAGAAAAUCUUUUUCGGCGAUCGGACUAUUUCCGAAGUCUUGACAUUGGUCUCGAUCAAUGGUUACCGGAGCGUAGUGAACGUUUUCAAUGUUCGUCGUCGGGUAAACUCGAACGACUCAUCGAUCCAGCCACCAUGUAUUCAAUGCAUGAAUUCGGUGCGAUCUACACAUCGGGCUUGACUGUUUUUCGCAGACCCGAAAAGACAGGCUAUGCUUUUAUGGAAAAACCACUGGAAGGGGUCUGCUCGUUGGCCAUGGCAGCCUAUCGAGAUCCAAAAUUAGAAGGUAAUCAUUUGGCCCCAAAAUAUGCUACUGGAACACGGAAGAAGAUUGAAAAUGUAUUUGCUAUUGCUUACCAUCACAAACAUGACAGUCUUGUAUUGUCGGCUCUCGGAUGCGGUGCAUUCAAAAAUCCACCAGCUCAUGUUGCGCAGUUGUUCAAUUCAGUUAUUCAUCAAUAUGCUGGUUUUUUCAAGACCAUUGUUUUUGCCAUUGUUGAUGAUCAUAAUACAGGUAACCAUUUGAAUCCGGAAGGAUUUUUGGAUUCGAAAUUACCUCCAUCUACUGGAGGAACAGGAAGUCUAGCACCGCUGAAAGCAACUCCUGAUUAUAAUUCGCAGGACAUACCGAAGCUCGAAGCAUAUCUUGCAAAUAAUUUAAAACCGAACGAGAUGGAAGCUAUAAAAGCUAAAACUAUGGAGAUCGCCGAGGCUUCGAUGAACUUGCAUAUGAAUCCAUGUGGUAUUGGUUUUGGCAAAGAUAAAGAUCUUGGCACGGACAAAACUGUUUUCAGCAUCCUUGGACCUCAUUUGGGACAUUACUACGGUGAUGUAUUCAUUGUUUUCAAGCGUGAAAUUCUCCACCACCCAGAUGCCAAUUUUACCAUUCAAGCAGCAACAUCGUUUAUUAGCGGAAAUGCGUUCACUUCACGACCAUGGCUUGGUGCUGAUCCUGGUGUGCAUGAAGAACGAGUCAAGUUGUAUAAUGCUUCAAAACUGAAUGCAUCAAUUCCAGGCUAUGACUAUACUGCCGCUCUUGAGUUAAUAGCUUUUACCAGCAUGGGAUUGAAGAAAAAAAAAGCCCGAGCGAGUUCACCUGCUCGAGUACCAUACAAAGAAGAUAAACGAACACCUUGCAAAUGGGGUAACAAAUGUCGAAAAAUGGGUGAUUCUCAACAUUGUGCUCAAUAUUCUCACCAAGCCAAUGAUCAACCUGCCAAACCUCCAUGCAAAUAUGGUGCUGGAUGCCAUAAUUUGAAGUCUGACCAUCGAGCUGAGUACUCGCAUCCUUCGGAUGGAGAACGCAAAAGUUAA